GUCUUCUGGUUCUCUCCGUCAUUCUGGACUCGCGAGUCACCGGGUCGAUUGACAAUCAGAGCAGAGGAGAGAGAAAGGGACUGUGGCCAUGGCGGAUCAACAGGACUUGCCUGAGGGAACGAUGCAGAACUUAUUGGAUCAAGAGACUCUGAAGUGGGUCUUUGUUGGAGGGAAAGGCGGUGUGGGCAAGACCACCUGUAGCUCCAUUCUUUCGAUCCUUCUCUCCAGGGUUCGAAGCUCUGUUCUGAUCAUCUCCACCGACCCCGCUCACAACCUCAGUGAUGCUUUUCAGCAACGCUUCACGAAGAUCCCCACUUUGGUUAAUGGCUUUACAAAUCUUUAUGCUAUGGAGGUGGAUCCUACCGUUGAACAUGAGGAUGUCGGUGGUUCUGAUGGAAUGGAUAGCAUGUUCUCAGAACUAGCUGGUGCUAUACCUGGAAUUGAUGAGGCAAUGAGCUUUGCUGAGAUGCUGAAAUUGGUGCAGACGAUGGAUUAUUCUGUUAUAGUAUUCGAUACUGCUCCAACUGGUCAUACACUCAGACUGCUGCAAUUUCCAUCAAUUCUAGAGAAGGGUCUUGCAAAAGUGAUGUCUUUGAAAAACAAAUUUGGUGGUUUGUUUAAUCAGAUGUCAAGCAUGUUUGGCAUGGGUGAUGAUUUUGCCGAGGAUGCAUUACUUGGGAAGCUUGAAGGCAUGAAAGAUGUAAUUGAACGAGUUAACAUGCAAUUCAAGGAUCCUGACAUGACGACUUUUGUCUGUGUCUGCAUUCCGGAGUUCCUCUCUCUAUAUGAAACAGAGAGACUGGUUCAGGAGCUAACAAAAUUCGAGAUUGACACACAUAAUAUCAUCAUCAAUCAAGUGCUUUAUGAUGACGAAGAUGUUGAAUCCAAGUUACUUAAAGCAAGAAUGAAAAUGCAACAGAAGUACCUAGACCAGUUUUACAUGUUGUAUGAUGUUAACAUUACCAAGCUGCCAUUGCUGCCGGACGAG